AACUCCCCAAACUCCCAGGAAGACAGUGUGUGUAGACUGUGUAGUGCUGUGCUCCCGAAUACAUGCUUGUGUGAAGGUGCUGCUGGUCUCCAGACAGUGGCUGAGAAGGGGACGGGCUUCUCUCUCUACCGCCUUUUUGUGAUUGGCCAAACUUUCCGAACUUUCCUCUUUUCAUCCUGACUUUUUUUUUUUUCUUCUUUUGAGAAGUUGACUGCUUGUGCUGCUCAGAGUGCACGUCAGCUGUAAUCUGGUCUCCAGUGACUUACACUGACACCAUGAGCUCAGAGUCAGAUGAACCAAAAGAAGUGGCGACAGAUUUUUUCAGUUCCAAAUAUCUGGCUGUCCAGGCGCAGAAGAAAAUCCUUGGUAAGAUGGCUUCAUCUAAAUACAUUGCGACCUCCUUGAUUGAUGACACCAGCGGAGAAGUGUUGGAUGAGCUUUAUCAAGCAACCAGGGAGUUCACCCAAAGCAAGAAAGACUCAGAGAAAAUUAUAAAGAACCUCAUCAAGAUAGUAAUAAAGUUGGCUGUCCUGUAUAGAAAUAAUCAGUUCAACUCGGAUGAGCUUGCACUUAUGGAAAAAUUCAAGAGGAAAGUCCACCAGCUGGCCAUGACUGUGGUCAGCUUUCAUCAAGUGGAAUAUACAUUCGACCGCAACGUGCUCUCCAAAUUGUUGAACGAAUGUCGGGAGCUUCUUCAUCAAGUUAUUCAGCGACAUCUCACCGCAAAGUCUCAUGGACGUAUCAACAACGUGUUUGAUCACUUCUCAAAUUGUGAGUUUUUGGCGGCUCUAUACAACCCAUUUGGACCUUACAAAAACCAUCUUCAGAGACUUUGUGAUGGUGUGAACAAAAUGUUAGAUGAUGACAAUAUUUAAUGAGUUAAAAUUUUGGAACUGAUGGCCACCAAGGAGUAAGAAGCCAUUCAUUUUAUGGUGUUUUAUCUGCUGAUACCGGUAAUACUGGAACCAGAUUACGUCAUACAAUACCGCUUACUGGUUCUCACCGGAGAGUUGUCACUAUGCAGAGAUUAUAGGCAGACAACAUCCCUCUACAUGCUUAGUGUACGGUUGGUUGUAAGUGAAAAACACCUUGUACGCAGUGGAUUAAACAGAAAUAGGAACCUUGCAUUUCUGCAAAUGAAUGGGAGGGAUGAUGCUAUUUAUGGCCUUGCCAAAAAUACUUCAGUACAAAAGACGUUGUAUGCGUGUUCCCCUGUAAUGUAUAAUAUAUAUAUAUAUAUAUGCCUUGAACCUAAUGCAUUAUUUCUUGAUAAUUGAAUGAAAAGGCAGCUUAUUUUUGUUUUUGCUUAUGUUCCCCGAUAUUUGUUUUGUAGGUACUAUAGUCGUACAUAUCUGCUGUCACAGAAGUGCAAUGCAUUUUAUGGAAUAUUAUGAUUGAUACCAGUUUCCUCAUUGUGAAAAGUUCUUAAUUUGUGAGUUUGGAGCGCAGGAUUGCACUUCUAAUGUCCUGGUCAAACUGUCUUAUGGAAAAAUAAAACAAUCUAUCCACU